AUGGAAAAUUACGACAAAAUCCGAAAGAUUGGAGAGGGUGCAUUCGGUGUUGCAUGGCUUAUGAACCAAAAGGAAAUCGACGAGUCCAGACGUGAGGUUUGGGUGCUUCUUCAAAUCUCACAACUCUACCUUGUACUGCUUUGUUUUUUGGUGGUGUACAUUUCACUUUUUAAUGAAGAAUCCGAUGCAAUUCACAUCGUGAUGGAGUUCUGUGACGGCGGAGAUCUCUACUCCAAGAUUAACUCCCAAAACGGUGUCCUUUUUGCCGAGAACGUGAUUCUAGACUGGUUCGUCCAGAUUGCCUUAGCGGUGAAGCACAUUCACGAUCGCAUGAUCCUCCACCGAGACAUCAAGUCACAGAAUGUCUUUCUUACGAGCAAGGGAAGAGUAAAAUUGGGAGAUUUUGGCAUUGCCAAGGUGCUCAAAGGUACCUUGGACUUGGCGCGAACGUGCAUCGGCACGCCGUAUUACCUCUCGCCGGAGAUUUGUGAGAACAAGCCCUACAACAACAAGAGCGACAUAUGGGCAAUGGGCUGUGUGCUCUACGAGCUCACCACUCUGAAACACGCGUGGCCUAUUUUACCUCGAAAUCAGCUAGAGGCCAACACAAACCAUGUUCGCUCUCAUUUCAGCCCAAUUGUCGUCAAGCAGUCGAUCGACGCGAAGGCUAAGUUGCCGCGUUCGCCCAAUCCCCCACUCAAACACACCACCAACCACAUUGUGCGAAGACGUGAGCUGUUGGUUUCUUUGCAUCAGCGGAAACAGAAGGGCAUUGCUAGACAGUGCAAGGCCGCGCUGAUUGAAAGGCCAAAAUGUAGCGCACGUCGACACGUCACGCCUGUCCCUAAUCGAGCCAAUCCCAGAGCACUACAAGCAGCCAAUGAUAAGUGUCGGGACUCGGACUCGGGCGUGUCGUCGGCACGGCAGGUGGCGGCUUUUCGACUGAAAGGUGGAGUCGCCGGUGCCGUGGUGAGUCCAAUUGUGUCUCCGCGUUGCGUGCGACUGGAUCUGGUGCGUGUGGGCAGCUUGGAGCGGUACCGCAAGUACUUCGCUGCACUCGACGACCUCAAACGCAAGGCUCGUCUGCGCGAUCGGAGCGGUAAGGGUACAUUAGUCACUCCCUCACAACCCCUCGAAGGAGUUCGUAGCCAACUAUGCUUAGCACGACGUGACAACACAGUACACAGCCGCGACAGCCAACAAUCUGAUCCAUUCCAUGAUGCUGAUUCGAACACCGCUUCUAUCAAUACCUCGGCAUUAGCUGUUAUCGGGAAACCAGCGUGCCAAAAAAGGCGAAAAUACCUGAACGUAAACGAAAAGAGCUACUUUUUCUUAGUUGCAAGGGUGUAUCCAAGUGUGAAAGGCAAUAAGGACGCGUGUGGAUCCAUUCCAGUGGUUAAAGAAUUUCUCGAGUGCCGAUUGGCUGCUGCCAGGAAUCGGGCCAGAUCGGACAAUCGAUCGUACGGCGUAGCCUCUGCCCUCGGUGCGCCAUCAAUACCCACCCAAGAUGCGUUAAUUGGCCCAUUUGGCGAGGUUGUAUCAACUGAGCAGGAGUUAGUUAAUCGCGAACAGGCAAUUUGCAAGUUACUGCGGCAGGCUGAAAGUCGCGCAGAGGAAUUGAGAAGGGAGUUGCAAAAGGAAGAAGCAAAGCCAAAUCUUCCUCGCGAGUCUCAGUUUGAGGAGCCUGGAGGCAGUGUUCCUGAAAAUGUCGCGUGCUUUGAACCGCCUGAUGACGUACCCUCGCUUUCGUGCCUGCUGGAAAGCCUCAAAACACCGUCGCCUCCGCCGUCAUCGACGGCAGAAACACCGUCCGCUGACCGUCACCUCGGUGGAACGAAACAGCAGCUGAUUCAGGCGAAGAAGGCGAUCAUUCUGCGACGACUGAAUUCGCACUCACUGGAAGACGUUUCUACGCGCCCCACAAACAGACCAUCCAGCGAAGGCAUUGUUCCAGGACGAGAUCGGAAGCCCUGGAACAAGGGUCCGGCUUCAGCACUCCUUCAGCGUCUGAGUUGCGCUGAUUUGGACUCAGGUGCGUCGGUGGCGUGCGCUACUGCCGACGACCGCGAAUCCGAGUCUGACGCCACGACACUGCGACAGGUUGACCUUGAACCAACCCUGACCUUUGAUCUCCCGCGAGCAAGAUCCUUGCUCCUGACUGAUUCUCGAAUGUUGGACACCACAAGGACCCUUGUUCCGGCCAAGGAAACCACAGCAACCGAAAAGGAUGUCUCUGUUACCAUGGAAACCAGCCUUGAGGGAGCUGAGGCCAAGAAAAUGGCUAUUUCGCUUCCACUAGCUGGAAACUUACACCCUACAAGCGGCAACAAAUUGCGUCAAACUCAUUCUGACGAAAGUCUGCUAUUCAGUGCGAAUUCAUCGUUCAAUACGACGAGUUUCUCCCGAGCAGAUUUGCGUACCAACGACACACUCCAGGCAUUCAGUCAAACAACAGAACAGCCACGAGAGCAAUUUGAUUCCAGAAAGUAUACCGUGGAAGGCAUGUUGGAAAACACUUUCAUCCGAUCACAGUCGCAGCCAACGGCAGGGACGCAAAUCGAUUGUUUUAGUUCCGUCGCAACAGGCACUUCGCUUGGCUCCACUUGGAAUUCUUUGUUUGAAGAUGAAGAAGAGGGGGAGGUAGCGGUGGAGGAGGAGGAUGUGGUGCACGAAAAAAUGUCUCCAGAUCGCGUGGAAUCUUGUGAAGUCGACGAAAAACUAGAGGCAUCAUGUUCCACCCCGCAGCCAGCCAAUCAACAGCCUUCAACAACCACUGACUCGGGUUUCACGACUACUCGCGAAUCACCGCACCAGACGAUGCAGACGGUGAUGCUGCAAGUCCUGGACGCCGCGGCAGUGGAAGAAGACACGGAUUUCGGUGAAGAAGCGACGGAUUUGCCCGACCAACUGGACGGACGACCGGUCAGUCGAUUCUACCUCGCUGAAGUCAUGCGAAUAUCGCUGGAGGAAGUGCUUGGCCUUGAGAAUCUCAUUCAGUGCUACAACAUUGUCCAGAACUUGCAAGAGAGUGAAGACGACGAUUUGCGAAUCGGACGCGAGGCAAUAGCUUCACUGACGGGAAAGGCGACUGCUGGCGAGGUCUUCGAUAGGGUGCUUCGGCUUGUCCUCGCAGACGGUGCCUACGUCGACGGUAACUCCACCCCUCCACCCCCGUACCACCUACAACCUGUUUUCAAUCUACCUAGAUUAAAACCUCAUUAG